AGCUGUCAUACGUUGCUGACGUGUAGGUAGGGAAGUGGCUGUUGGUUGUAUUUAGCCGCUAGGUCUUAGCUAUUCCUCUAUGUCAUAAACCUUUGCCAUUGACAGCUCACCACGAAAUCAUCUUAAAUAGUAUUUAGCUAUAUGAUAAAACGCAUCCCAACACUAACCGGACCAGCUGCACAGCCUGUUGUGGUGGGGCAGAAGACUGGAGGAGAGGACUGACUGGGCAUCCUGCUGUAUACAUCGCCCGGACAUCCAUGAGACACUGAGCCAGUAGUCUGUCUCACGGUGGGGUUGAAUACAGCAAUUUUAUGAAGGCUUGUGAGUGACUUGAGUAACUUGUACAGCAACAAUGGGGAAGAGGAGGGUCCCAGAUCUGUACAGAGCCCCCUUUCCCCUAUACGCCAUUAAAGUGGACCCUAAAACUGGGCUGGUGAUCACAGCAGGAGGAGGAGGGGCCUCAAAGACAGGCAUAAAGAAUGCUAUGCACUUCCUGGAUCUACAACUGGUUGGAGAACAUCAGUACAGUGCCAGCCUCCUUCACUCUCAUGACACUGACACUCGUGCCACCAUGAACCUGGCUGUAGGUGAUGGUGUAAUUGCUGCAGGACAGGAUGGGACCUGCAGUCUGAUGAGGUUUCAACACUGCACACAGAAAGAGGGAGGCAAAACUGCUGUCAAAGGUGUAGGGAACAGUGUGCAGCAGGGUAGUGCCAGACGACGAGCUGGGAAAGGAGACAAAGGUGGACAGGAUGGAGUUGCAGCCUCUGGAGAUAUGUUAGAUAUGAAGGAUGAGACAGCUCACAUCUCUGUGACUGGUUUGGCUGAAGUGCAGUCAGACCUGAACCUUCAGGACCCUCUCCAGAAGGUGGUCAGGUUCAGUCCUGACCUGAGCCUUCUGCUGACAGGAGGCACAGAUGGACACAUCCGAGUCUGGGAGUUUCCAUCACUGAAGAAGAAGUUUGACUUCAAAGCACAUGAAGGGGAGAUUGAAGACUUGGAUAUGAGUUCAGGGAAUAAGCACCUGGUGACUGUUGGCCGGGACUUUGCUUGCAGUGUAUGGAGUGGCAACCAGUUGGCUAUGGGUCUGAAAUGGCAUGAAACAGUGCCUCAAAUGACUGAGAAGACAUAUCGAUAUAUGGCUUGCAGAUUUGGAAAGGUAGAGGACCAAAAAGAGGCACUGAGGCUUUACACAGUCCAGAUCCCCCAUAAAAGAGACAGAAGACCUCCUCCCUGCUACCUAACCAAGUGGGAUGGCAAGAGCUUUCUGCCCAUGCUGACAGCUCCCUGUGGCACUGAGGUUGUCUCCAGUCUGGCAGUCAGUGAAUCUGGAACAUUUCUUGGCCUUGGAACUGUAACCGGAUCGGUAGCUAUCUACAUUGCUUUCUCCCUGCAGAAACUGUAUUAUGUACAGGAGUGCCACGGCAUUGUUGUGACAGACCUGGCCUUCCUGCCUGACUCGCUGAAAGGAAGAAACAUCAGAGGGAAUAAUGAGACAGCCAUGUUGAGUGUAGCUGUGGACAGUCGCUGUCAAGUACAUGUUGUCCCCAACAGAAGAUCAUUUCCUGUGUGGCUGGUGCUGUUCCUCUGUGGCCUCAUGGUGGUGGGAGCCAUCCUCCUCCUACAGAACCUCUUUCCAGGAUUUGUGUAAGUCAUACAAGGGUUGACUGAGCUCGGACCCAUCUUCACAUGGCCCUCCAUAUUAGCAGUCCUCAGUCCAGCAUCCAGAUAUCCUGGUGCUGUACCUCCCCACCCCCUACCCCCAGGGUUGUUCCUCUGAACUGUAAACCCAGUGGAAUCAAGACAGGAUACAAAGGCUUUUGGAUUUUACUUGCUUUAAACUCUAUCAAUUAUUCUUAAUCUUUUUUGGUUUUUGGAUUCAUGUUGGAGAGUUGAAGGGCUCAGGAACAUGAAUGUUUAAAGGGUGGGAUCUUUUUAUUGACAUAUUUAAGGAACAAUGUAAAAAUAUAUAAAUGAUUGGCACAGGAUGUGUCUGAUUUUGGCUUUUAUUUACACAUAGCCACUUUAAAUCAGCUGUUCUCUUCAAACAACAGUAACCUGUUCUUCUUGUGUUUUUCCAUUUUAUCUACUAGUGGGCAGCAGAAACAGUUUACAGUGCUGUGGUGAAGCGCUGCCAAUGAAGGCACAAUUUUCAAUAUGUCAAAAUGUUCAGGGUUUAGGGCCAGUGUCUGUCCAUCUAUGAUUUACACAGGCAAUACUUGUCAGAGCUUUUCUUGCAUUUCAUGUGGCGAGUUGUCCACCUGUCUUCUCUGCGGCUCUUCUGCUCCUGUGUGCGGACGCUACACGGAGACGCAUGUGAAACCGGAAGCGGGGAGUGAAACACUAACGUAAAUGAUCUUUCCUUUUUUUUCCCCUUGCCAUUCUUGGAUGGGCUGGGAAUUAUUAUUACAAAAAAGAGAUGUGAGAAAAGUUGCUAUAAGGACGGAGGAAGCAAAGAGAGUGUAAACGUCAUGAAGAAGUUAUUUUCACUGGAGCAAAAGCCGAAUAUUCCCUUAUUUUAUGAAGAUAUUGUCAUGUUUAAUUUAGACAUUCUGACCUCAAAUAUGCUGCAAUGCAGAUGUUCAAAAAUGUGAAUGAAAUAUUAGAAUGAUCCUGAUAUUACAGUAACUAACCUGGUGAAAUGGUGGAUAAAAUUAAAUAUUAAUGAGAAAGAGCUUAAAAAAAAACACUUGGUCUGUUUGUGCUUUAUGAUCUCUCUCAGUCCACUCUGGUAACUAGAGUGCCUAGCAGCAGCUAAUGUGAGAUAUGCUUCCACCAUCCAAUAAAAGGCCUGACAUAGUCACGUGUUACUUGUAGUGGCCUUAACACUGAGUAUUAGGUGCUGGAUUCAUUGUUUCCUAAACUUGGUGCAGCUUCAUACAAAACUGGAUGUAGUUUGAGAACAGGUAAUUCAGCCAAACUCUGCUUCAGCCUGCAUGGUGUUCUCAAGCUUUCCAUAUAAUCAACAAAUGACAAACUGGAGGUGUGUCAAAUGAAUUAAAAAAGUAAAUCAACAAAGAGCAAACGGAACAGCAACUUUACAGAAUUACACCAAAUCAUGAGGUCACACUGCAAAACUGAACUAAACUAAAUAACUAAUAAACUAAAUAUUUUAUCCUCA